AUGAACAGUGAAGAUGAAGAUUCUCCAGAUGAGAGGCAAAGUGUGGGCAAGGGUCGUGGAUCCACGUCUCAUGAGGGAGGCAAGGUGCAGUCACGGCCCCCAACGCGUAUCACGGACUUGGUUCAGACCAUCGAGUCGCAGCUGCAGAAGCGGCAGCUGCAGAAGCGGCCCCUGGGCUCGGUGAACACGGUCAAGGACGUUGUUCAGGUGGAAGACGUCCCGAGUUUGAAUGCGGGGGACCAGAGGCUCCCAGUUUUGAUACUUCCAAAACGAGUGGACAACAUGGCAACACCAUCCUCAGGUGUUGGCACAAGGAGAGAGACCUCCCCUUCCCAGAACUACAGUGAAGAAGACCUCAGUUUAGAGGAACUAAGCUGAAAGGUCACCCAAGUGAAAAGCUGGCUCUUAGAACUCAUUUAAUUGCUCAAUAAAUUAUCUUUUUUUACAGAA